AUGUCUUUCUAAUCAGAAAAAGAAAACUUUAUUCAAAACUUAGUUGAUAGAGCUAGAGGGAAAAAUUAUGAUUCUAAUUCUACUAAGUCAGAAUUAACUCAUAAAAAUAUGAAAGGAAGUGAAGAUGAUUGUCCUUAUUUAUAAAAUAAUAAAAAAGCAAAAGAUGUUACUAAAAGCUAAAACUUACCCUUGCAAGAAAUCGAAGAUAAUUCAAACUUAGAUACCUCAGCAUCUUCGAAUACACUAAUCCCAAAGAGCCAUCCUGUUAUAAAAAAUAGAUUUAAUGAUUAAGAUAAAGAAAAGUGCCCAUUUUUCAAAAUGUAAAAAAAAUAAGAUGGUAAAACAGAAGACACCAGCAAUUAGAAUGAUUAGGAAUAAAUAGAAGAGAAAAAAAAUUAAGAAAUCUUGAGCAGCUCAAGUGAUGAUGAAAACGGAAUUCCUAAGCGUCCAAAAGGAGGAUGUCCCUUUUUACCUUCAGAGAGGAAAAAGAAUCCUGGAUUAGCCCAUGCUUCAGAAAGAUUCAGUACUUUUUAUUUGAGCAGAUAUUCUUGCUAUUUAGAAGAUGACAGCAUGAUAUCUUUAAGAAGAGACUUUAAACGUAUUUUAAAUGGUAAAGCCUCAAAAAAUAGAAAAAUUUUUGACAGCUAUCCUAUUUAUUUAAAGCAUACACUCUUCCAUGAAGAAGAAUUUAUGAAAAAAGUUAGAUAAAAAGAAGUAGUUGAGAGAUUCUUGGUAUUUGAUAAAUACAGAGAGAGAGGAAAUAGGCUUUUUAAUAAAUAAAAAUACGAGGAAGCUUUACGCCUUUAUGAAAGAGCAUUAAGUUGCUAUAGAUGGCUUGAACUAGUAGAUUCAGAUGAAGAUGAAAAAUAAAAAGAAAAAGAAAAGAAAUAAAAAAAAAAUGAUGUAAAAUAAGAACAAAAUGAAACAAAUGCUUCUAAAUGUUAGGAUAUAUUCGAAGAAAAAAAAGAAAAUAUAGUCACAUAAAGAGUAGCACCUAAAAAGGAAGAAGUAGAAACAGAUUUAAAUUAACAUAAGGAAAAAAGUAAUGAAGUUCAAAAAAAGACAUUAAGGCUUAAGAAAAAAUUCAAAGAAGAUAACGACGACGAAGAAUAAAAAGAAUAAAAGAAUAAAUCUGAUGAUAGCGAAGAUGAGUGCGAACGUGAUGAUGAAUAAUAAAUUAAAGAAUACAAAAACAAUGAUGGUAUGUCUUAAAAUAAAAUAAAUGAACUUAUUCUUUCAAGAUAACAAGAUAUCCUUGAAUAAGAAAGGUAAAGAUAAAUGAUGCUUUCUAAAUUAAGAAAAAGCAAAGAAGCUAAUGGAGUAAAUAACAGCGAUAGCGAUGAUAGUAGAAAGUUAAGUGACGAUGAUGUUGAACAUGCUCAAAUGAGUAAUUAGGAGGACGAUCAAGAUGAUGAAACUGAUGAAGAUAAAAAAGAGCUUGAGAGAAUUUAAAACGCUUAAGAAGAUUAAGCUGAUGAUGCUAAAAGUUUAUCUGUUGAGGGGUUUGAUGAUGGAAGUGAUAGAAACUUUUCAUCAGAAGAAGAGGAGAUAAAUUUUGAGAAAAUAAAAGAACAAAAAAAAGAUCCUGAUGAGACUGUCAUCUUUAUGGAUGAAAAGGAGAAAUAAAAAUUGGUAGCUGAAGAAAUGUUUUUAAGACAAAAUGAAAAAGAAGACAAAGAAUUUAGAAAAAAAUAUCGUCUUUAUUUAACAAAUUUUAAUGAUGAAAAUGUUGUUCUUCGUGAUGGUGAUGAAUUAACAGAUUCAAAUGACAUAGAUUUAAGGUUUUCAAUGAUAGUAAACUCCUGUCUCUCUAUUGGUGUUUGCUUUAUGAUGCUCGGAAACUUCAAAGAAGCUAUGCAAGCUUUUAAAGAUGCAAGAGCCCUUCAUAAAAAAGGAAGCAUACCAUUAAUCAGAAUGGUUUAGUGCAGGAUUUAUAAUAAAGCAAGUACUUAUCAAGAACUGCUUGAAGCAAAAGAGUGGUUCAAUGAGUCUCUUGAAUGUAAAAAGGAAGAAAAGGUGUUUAACAGUGGACCUGCAUCUUUAGUAGUCAUGAACAUUUUGAAUCAUGAAGCAUUUUAUGAGGAAAUUCGCUAAAGACUGGAAUCUAAAAUAAAUUCAUCAAGAGAAAUAGAGGAAGAGAGACUAAGAGAAAUGUUCGAAAGAGUAGUUGAACUUAACGAAAUAGAACAAGAUAUGAUUUAAAGAGGUAUUGUUCCAUCAGAGGAUGAACUAAAUGGUAUUGAGGUAAGAGAAAAAGAGAUGGAGGAAGAACUCUCGCAAAGCAUAGAAGCAAAAUACUAUACAAUAAUAGAGUCUUAAAUGUUCUCUUAAAAUACUAAAAAAAUGGAAAAUACACUUACAGAAUUGUAGAAUUACUACGAAACUUACUAAGUAAUGCAGUACUAUAAAAAUUUAGAUUUUUAGAAUUAUGAAAAUCAUCCUAUAAUGAAAGAAUUGGCAGAGGAAUACAAAGUAGAUAUGUUAAGACAAAAGAAUUAAUAAAGAUUUUCCAAGCUUAAGCUUGAAAACAUGAAAGAAACUUUUAACUCAGUAGAAUAUAACUUCUAAAUUUAUAAAUGGGCUUUGGAUGAAUACAUAGAAAAGAAAAAGAAAUAAUUAGAUAAAACUCUUAAAAAGUAAGAAAAGUAGCCUAAGACAAAGAUGGAUAAAGCUAAAUCUUUUAUAUCAACACUUUUUGGAAAGUAGUCAAUAUUUUAAUUCUUUAUCAUAUUUAUCAUAUUCUACUUUAUAGUUAUCAUUUUAAGAGCUACCUAAAUAAUACCAUAUUCUUAUGGUCCAGUUAAAAAGUGA